CUUGUUACAAUCCAAGACGACUCACCUCAUCUCCCAAAUAAAAAAAACACCUCUUAAUCUCCUCCUCCAUUCUCUUCUGACUCUCGCGCACAAAGCAAAGAGAGGAGAGAGGGAGAGAAGGAGGGAGAGAGCGAGGGCGAGAUGUCUAAAAUCCUUCUACUAAAACCCACCAAUGGCCUCUCCUCUCUAUCCCAAAUUCGAAACCUCUCCUCUUCUCUCCUCGUCCACAGAAAACCCCCUCUUUUCUUCUCUUACGCCCAGUCUCUCCCCCUCUUCUCCCCUGGGCCCCACUCUCUCUUCACCCACCACCAAACCCACAACCCCAAUUUCCCCAUUAGAGCUCUCAACUCUCCUCCCACAAAAGAGGAGGAAGAGAGCAACGAAGAGAAGGACAAAGCCCAAGAAGGAGGAGAUGGAGCUCUUCCUACUUCUGGGUCUAAAUUUGUUAAGGAUGAUGAGUACCCAAGCGGGGAAUUUGAGAUGAUCAAGUUUGGUUGGUGGUUAAGUUUCCUUGUUAAGCUCAGGAUGCUGGUUGCUUUCCCAUGGGAGCGAGUCAAGAAGGGGAGUGUUCUGUCAAUUAAGCUCAAAGGACAGAUAUCUGAUCAGCUCGGGAGCCGCUUUAGUUCUGUGUUGUCUCUGCCUCAGAUUUGUCAGAAUUUUACUAAAGCAGUAUAUGAUCCACGUGUGUCUGGGAUAUAUCUUCAGAUAGAGCCACUGAGUUGUGGUUGGGGGAAAGUCGAAGAGAUACGAAGGCACAUUCUUGAUUUCAAGAAGUCAGGCAAGUUCAUUGUAAGCUAUGUUCCUCUAUGCGGAGAGAAGGAGUACUAUCUGGCAUGUGCUUGUGGGGAGGUGUAUAUGCCGCCUAGUGCUUAUGUUGGAUUAUACGGUUUAGCAGUUCAAUCAUCAUUUCUUGGAGGUGUCCUGGAAAAGGUGGGUGUUGAACCACAAAUUCAGCGUCUUGGUAAAUAUAAAAGUGCUGGAGACCAACUUACGCGGAAAAGCAUGUCAAAAGAAGUUUGCGAGAUGCUGACUUCACUUCUUGAUAAUAUUUACGGAAAUUGGCUGGAUACAGUAUCUUUAACUCGAGAAAAGGGGAGAGAAGAAAUUGAGAACUUCCUUAAUACAGGGGUUUACCAAGUUGAAAGACUUAAAGAAGAAGGGUGGAUAACAGAUAUAUUAUAUGAUGAUGAGGUUAGAACGAUGCUAAAGGAGAGAUUGGGACAGAAGGAUAAGAAAAAUCUUCUCAUGGUUGAUUACAGGAAAUAUUCAAGAGUAAGAAGUUGGACACUUGGGUUGGAAGGAGGCAGGGACCAAAUUGCUAUAAUUAGAGCUUGUGGAAACAUUACCAGGGCCCGUAGUCCAUUAAGUGUUCCUAGCUCAGGCAUUAUUGCUGAUCAAUUGAUUGAGAAAAUCCGCAGUAUCAGAGAAUCAGACAGGUAUAAAGCUGUUAAAGCCGUUGUCUUGCGGAUUGAUAGCCCUGGGGGUGAUGCUCUUGCAUCUGAUUUAAUGUGGAGAGAGAUCAGGCUUCUUGCUGCCUCUAAACCUGUGAUUGCAUCCAUGUCUGAUGUUGCUGCAAGUGGGGGAUACUACAUGGCCAUGGCAGCGCAGACUAUUGUUGCUGAAAAGCUGACAUUGACUGGUUCAAUUGGAGUUGUUACAGGGAAAUUCAGUUUAGGUAAGCUGUAUGAAAGGAUUGGCUUUAACAAGGAGAUAAUAUCAAGAGGAAAAUAUGCUGAGCUUUUCUCUGCUGAUCAACGUUCAUUUAGACCAGAUGAAGCAGAAUUGUUUGAGAAAUCUGCACAAAAUGCAUACAGAAAGUUCCGGGACAAAGCAGCAUCUUCACGAUCCAUGACUAUAGAUGAGAUGGAGGAGGUUGCACAAGGAAGGGUGUGGAGUGGCAAAGAUGCAGCUGCCAGGGGUCUAGUUGAUGCUAUUGGUGGAUUUUCCCGAGCUGUGGCUAUCGCCAAACACAAAGCCAAUAUACCACAGGAUAGACCCGUUCGAUUAUUGGAGAUAUCAAAACCAUCACCAACCUUACCGGAGAUAUUAACUGGCAUUGGGAGCUCCUUAUUUGGUAUGGAUAGAAAUGUGAAGGAAUUGUUGCAGGAUGUUACAUCCUCAAUUGGGGUUCAAGCAAGAAUGGAUGGCAUUUUGUUUGAAAGAUUGGAAAAUGCACCUGAUGCUAACCCUAUCUUUCAACUGAUAAAAGACUGUUUACGCGCAUUCUGAUCUGAAAUGUUCAAGUCUAUCUUAAUUGUGUUGUACUGUAAUUAUAUAUCAAGAUCCAAAUUGGGCAAGAAAUCAAAUAGGCAAACUAUACUCUCUAUGUAGAGUAUAUGAGAAAUGGAAAAGAGAUGCUAUCAUACGAUUCAUCACGUCAAGUUGCCAAUAUCACACUUUUAUAUCAUGUGUAUAAAUGAAUUGAGAUCCUCUCCACUACCAAAAAGUACUGGAGGGACCAUUGUAAUAUCACAAUUGCUGAUCUUUUUUAGUGGGUGGUUGUAAUUUGCAUUUGAGUAUAAAUUA